CCUGAUGUAAACAGCAAAGCCGGGCACCAAAGCCCGGGAGGUCAGAAAUUCGUGCCGCAGGCGGCACCAACAGCUAGGGCAGGGGUCGGGGAGGGGUGAUCACGUCGGCCAAGGCUACGAGCAUCUGGAGCAAGAUCCAAGGUCUGGCAAAGAAAAGUAUCAAAAUGGGGAGGAAGCCAGGCGAGGUGGCACACGCCUAUACUCCCAUCACUCAGGAAGUGGAGGCUGGAGGACUGCUGGGAAUUGAAGGCCAGCCUGUGCUACAUAGGGAGUACCAGGACAGCCAGGGCUACAUAGCAAGACCCUAUCUCAAAACAAAAUAGACCAAGUGGAAGGCCAUCCUGAACCAUGGCUCAGCAGACACUUCGAGGAGUGACCAGCCUACAUUUCAACCAAGACCAAAGCUGCUUUUGCUGUGCCAUGGAGACAGGCGUACGGAUCUACAAUGUAGAGCCCCUGAUGGAGAAGGGGCAUCUUGACCACGAGCAGGUGGGCAGCGUGGGCCUGGUAGAGAUGCUGCACCGAUCCAACCUGCUGGCCCUGGUGGGCGGGGGCAGCAGCCCCAAGUUCUCAGAGAUCUCAGUGCUGAUCUGGGACGAUGCCCGAGAAGGCAAGGACUCCAAGGACAAACUGGUGCUGGAGUUCACCUUCACCAAGCCAGUGCUGGCUGUGCGCAUGCGCCAUGACAAGAUUGUGAUUGUGCUGAGGAACCGCAUCUAUGUGUACUCCUUCCCUGACAAUCCUCGAAAGCUGUUUGAGUUUGACACUCGGGACAACCCCAAGGGUGAGAAGACCCAGAUGUGCAGCUCUGUCCAUUCUGAGACUCAGCCUUGCCCCGGCCUCUCCUUCACCUGCCCAUCCCCACUUCAUCCUCACAACUUAGGGCUGUGUGACCUCUGCCCAAGCCUGGAGAAGCAGCUGCUUGUGUUUCCUGGACACAAGUGUGGAAGUCUGCAACUUGUGGAUCUGGCAAGCACAAAGCCUGGUACUUCGUCAGCUCCAUUCACUAUCAAUGCACAUCAGAGUGAUGUGGCCUGUGUGUCCCUGAACCAGCCAGGCACUGUAGUGGCAUCAGCCUCCCAGAAGGGUACCCUUAUUCGUCUUUUUGAUACCCAGUCCAAGGAAAAGCUGGUAGAGCUUCGAAGAGGCACUGACCCUGCCACCUUGUACUGCAUUAACUUCAGCCACGACUCCUCCUUCCUCUGUGCUUCCAGUGACAAGGGCACUGUCCAUAUCUUUGCUCUUAAAGACACCCGCCUUAACCGCCGCUCUGCGCUGGCUCGUGUGGGCAAAGUGGGACCUAUGAUUGGGCAGUACGUGGACUCUCAGUGGAGCCUGGCCAGCUUCACGGUGCCUGCUGAGUCAGCGUGCAUCUGCGCCUUCGGUCGAAAUACUUCCAAGAAUGUCAAUUCUGUAAUUGCCAUCUGCGUAGAUGGGACCUUCCACAAAUAUGUCUUCACUCCUGAUGGAAACUGCAACAGAGAGGCCUUCGACGUGUACCUUGACAUCUGUGAUGACGAUGACUUUUAAGAGUCCUCAGCUGUACAAGAACUUACAGUAGCCGAUGGCCAGCAGAACUUGAGUCUUGAGGGUGUUGAACCAGCCAGCAAGCAUAAAUGAGCCUUUCACUCUGCAUUCAAACACAGCUGUGACUAAAUAAACAGCUCACUUCCCCACGCACUUUUUGUGACUGAGUGCUAAAGGCUGAGGACAGCCUAGUCUGUCUCUGGGCCUCCUAGUCCAGAAAGCACCCGGGGCCCAAAAGGAUUAUACUAAUCCAAACUAAGGACUUAAAAAAAAUUAUGGUUACCAAGAGAUAGUCUCUGUGAUGUAUAUGAAUAAAAAGCCUUUGAAUGGCAUUUAUGACUUGA